CUGAAUAUGUUUAUUUAAAACUUAGGCAAUGGCAUAAAAUGAUGAAGAAUUUUAAUCCAACUAAAAAAAAUAGUUUGUUUUUAAAUGCAAAUAAAUUUGAACAACUUAUGAAUAUAUCAUUUGAAUUAGAUAAGAUUCAUAAAGCAGGACUUAUUAGCCGCAGCAGCAGAAGCAAAAACCUUUCUCCUAAUUUUGUAUUAUUUACAUGUCUUGCUCCCGAAGUUUUAACAGAUUUAUCUGAUGAAGAUCAUGCUACAUCAGCGGCUGAUAUCUUUUCUAUGG